GAGCCAAUCAAAUGCGUGUAUCUGAAUACCCAAUCACAUUCAAGAUCGUGAAUUUGUGCGAAGAUGACGGCGGCACCUUCGCGGGAGCCGCGCCACAAUGUCGAGGUCCAUCGCCCGUGUGUGCGUAUUCAAGCGGCAUAUCGUGGAUGGAGAGUUCGCAUGCAGAUAGUGACCAAGGCAAGAAGCGAAUACGAGGCGAUUCUCCGUGAACUGGAAGGAGACGACUUCAUCCACUUGCUGCUGCAUUGCGAACCGACGGUGGUCGAAUGGAAGGCAAAGCGCAUACUAUGCCGACCGACAUUUACUCAAGGAAUUGGCGUCCAUGCCGACGUAUCAACCGUCGAAGACGACCCACAGCUAUCCUCACCACCGAUUUCGCCAGUUGAACCAUGUCAAGUAAGUGGCAAUGGCAGAGAAACAAAGAUCAACUCGGAAAUUCGCACAAACGCCGACAGACAAGACGAAGAAGGGCAAAUGUCGCCAAAACCAGAGAAUCUCUCCCAUGUGAACGAUCCUGCCAGCAACUUCAGCGCGCCCGAGGCAAUGGAGCCCAUCCCGUACAGCACUGCCGUCGAGUUACUUCAUGCAUCCGACAGCGCAAAUUGCGAUGCAGCUAGCCAUGCAACAGCUGAGGAGGCUCAAGUGGGGACAGCUGAGUCGCCAUCGCCUGGAGUUGCCGUCGUACCAGCCAAUUCAGUACUUGACCGAGAUAUGCAGCUACACAUUUUGCUGCAAAUGACACCGACAGACAUUCAACGUGAAAUCGAAUGGGCGCGCCGUGCAUUGCGGGAGCGCAAGGAGUUCUUGAGGCAAACCAGGUGUUGAAAGAUGGCUUGGUGCGAGCAGGCUUGCAGCCUUGACAAGCUUGGCUCGCCAACACCACUUGUGAUCAAGAUGACCAUGCGUCCAUGCAUCGCAUCGACGGAGAAGUUCUCCCAUGAUCGUGUGUGUCCACGCCAGGAGGAUUUCCCGAUUUCCCAUGCAGCGUCGAAUUGGAACGGAAGCGUUCCUCGCGCGACCAAAGCGAUUUGAAUUGUAUAAUAUUAUGGAGUGGAUGUUCAAUCCAAGCAACCACAAUGAAAUAUACAAAUUUCAAGUCAU